GGCUUCUUCACGCACUGCAAAACACGACCAAGGGUUAAUGUACAUACCAACAAGAGAACGGAAACUAAUUAGUCCAAACAAACAAGAUCCACCACCCGAACCCGAACCAUGUAGCUAGGCUAGCUAGCUAGCCAAUUAAUAUCACUUGACACGUACGAUUGAAUGUGUCCCUCUACAAUAAAUAACCUCUCCGUCACUCCUCCAUUUCUUCUCAUCUCUCUCCCUCUCUCUCUAGUCAUCUUCUUUCUUAAUUGUACGCAGUACUAGACCGAGACUGAAGAUGAGAGGCGGCCGAUCUAAUUCUCAGCUGCCUCCCUACUGCUGCCUUCUCCUGCUGUUGUCUACAGCCGCAACAUUCCAGUGCUGCUGCAGCGCGCUCGCCCCGCCGUCGGCGGGCGGCGCGUGGGAGAUGAGUAAGGUGGAAUUCGACACCGGAGGGCUCAGCCGGAAGAGCUUCCCCAAGGGCUUCCUGUUCGGGACCGCCACGUCAGCUUAUCAGGUCGAAGGAAUGGCCAGCAAGGACGGCCGUGGGCCCAGCAUUUGGGAUGACUUCAUCCGCCGUCCCGGUGCGCUUUCCUCUUCUAUCUCAUAUCAUAUAUACAUUUUUUUUUCUUCCAAUUUUUAUUUUGUCAUUUCAUCCAGAUCGGUAGAACCGGGUUCAACCAUAUAUGUUGCAAAAUCGGUUGGAAUGUUCUCGAUUCGAUCUUCAAAUAAAAUGAGCUGGCAUAAAUUAAUUGUACCACGAGUCUAAGCAUAUAACUUGUCAAACUGACAUUACGACAUGAAGCGAUUUCACAACCAUGUUAGUCUUAUAAUUGUGAAAUAAUCGGAACGAUAAAAUUAGUGAUAGAAUAUUUUAUACGAAUAUGUAGUUCUACCGGGGUAGUGGCCAAUAACGCAAACGGGGAGGUCGCCGUCGAUCAGUAUCACCGCUACAAGGAAGAUGUGGACAUCAUGGUGAAGCUGAACUUCGAUGCCUACAGAUUCUCCAUUUCCUGGUCAAGAAUCUUCCCAAAUGCAGAUGGAACGGGAGAGGUGAACGAGAAGGGAGUUGCUUAUUACAACAGGUUGAUAGACUACAUGGUAUCAAAAGGUACAAUUUUUAAUUUCAUUUUCCAACCAGUGAUAUCAUGUCAAAAUAUGUUCCUGCAAGUAAUCGGGUUUUCGAUAAAUUUGUUUAGGAACGACUACGCGGAUUAUGCAGAUUUCUGCUUCAAGACAUUUGGAGACAGAGUGAAGAACUGGAUGACGUUCAACGAGCCCAGAGUGACGGCUGCUCUCGGUUACGACAAUGGCAUCUUUGCUCCUGGGAGAUGUUCAAAGACAUAUGGCAAUUGUACAGUAGGGAAUUCUGGAACCGAACCUUACAUUGUUGCUCAUAACUUGAUCCUCGCUCAUGCUACCGCGGUCCAGAGAUAUCGAGAAAAGUAUCAAGAGAAACAAAAGGGAAAGAUUGGAACUUUGUUGGACUUUGUUUGGUAUGAACCCCUGACUAGAGGGAAAGCUGACAACUAUGCAGCUCAAAGAGCCCGAGACUUCCACAUUGGAUGGUUUCUUCAUCCCAUUGUUUAUGGUGAGUAUCCAAAGACAAUGCAAGAGAUCGUCGGGGAAAGGCUGCCCAAGUUCACAGCAGAAGAGAAGAAGAUGGUUAAAGGGUCCUUCGAUUACAUCGGUAUCAACCAAUACACAGCAUAUUAUAUGUAUAAUCCACAUCAGAAGCAGCCCAAGGUGUUCGGCUACCAGCAAGACUGGAAUGCUGGAUUCGCCUUUGCAAAAAAUGGAGUCCCUAUUGGCCCAAAGGCGCAUUCCUAUUGGCUCUAUAAUGUUCCAUGGGGAUUGUACAAGUGUUUGAUGUAUGUCAAAGAACGGUAUGGGAACCCUACAGUUAUCUUGUCCGAAAAUGGUAUGGAUCAACCUGGGAAUGUGACGCUUCCCAAGGGGUUGCAUGACACUGUAAGGAUCAACUACUAUAAGGGGUAUCUUGCACAGUUGAAGAAGGCUGCUGACGAUGGAGCCAACGUGAUAGGCUACUUUGCCUGGUCAUUGCUCGACAACUUCGAAUGGCUAUCAGGCUACACUUCCAGAUUCGGGAUUGUCUAUGUCGACUAUAGCAACCUCAAGCGUUACCCAAAAAUGUCAGCUUACUGGUUUAAGAAACUACUUGAUCGUCGCAGCAAGCAUUGAACGAACCAUGAGAGUUUCUUAGAUAUGGAAAUCAGUUUUCAAGAGAGAAUAAGGAUUCCCCCUCAGAUUAAUUCUGGACACUGAGACGGAUGCUUCUCUUAGUUUGGAUUAGCAAUGAGACGCUUUGGUCAGAAAAAAUCAAGAAAAGCUUCCUUCUUCUUUACUCCAGUGCAAAAUGUGGAUGAACUGAUUCAGACUUGCCAUAACUCUGAAUAACAAAAGUUGAGAAUCGAACUUCCUGCUGCU